UAUAACGAGGAUUUUACUCGACAAACCUUCCCUGGUUAAAGAAAAGACUGCUCCAGCUCCACGAUUUAUUUAAGGCGAAAAGAUUUGCUUGUUUUAAUUGCGUUUUCUUCUGUCUGCGGUAGGGUCCUUCGUGUGGUGGAGAGUUUGACCCAUCGGAGGACAAACAAACAUGGAACAAAGUGGGUGUGUAGAGAGCGACUAUCCGUUGCGUUUGUCCCGACUCUCUUCGUCGCAACCAGGUCAGGCGCAAAAACAAACCACGACGAACAACACAAACAACGACAACAGACAAAGCAAUCCACGCGACAAGGCCGGAAGAGGGCGCCGCCGGGAGGGAGGACACAUUCGACGAUCUUCUUCUUCGGCUGGUGAAUCCGCCGCGUCCUCUAGCAUUAGCAGGUUUACCUUCCACGAAAGCGAAUACGAGGAAAACAGCAACAGCGGGUACCGAUCUCCCACACGUUCCGACACGCAUUCGCUGAUUAAGCGUGCCGCAAAAUCGGCCCUGCUGGACGAAGUCACGCCUACGGGGAGUACUAUUUUUUCCUCUGGCGAUGCUUCGGACGACGACGAACCAAAUGACGAGAACAGUCAUCCGCCAUCGCUGCCCAACAUGCGAAGCUUGGAAACCCCGUCAAUGCCCGCCAUUCCCGAUGAGCAAGACCGAAAGCGCUUCGUGGGGUGUUUGGCUGCCGUCUUGUCGUCCAUGUACGAUUAUGAGAGCUACGAAUUGUUGUCUAAGGAGAAGAGAAAAACCAAUAGAGACAAUGGCGGCGACGGAGACACGGACAACGAUAACGACGUUUCGGGCUUUUUUGACUUCUAUGAAUCCGACGACGACGACGGUGACUACUCGAUCGAGGGUUACGAGUCAUCGAAACAGAACGCGACAGACAGAAGCAGAACCAACAACCCAAACAGAGAUAAAAUCAACAAACCAGGUAGUUCCGUGAACAAAAAUAUUCCCGUGUUGUCGUCGGCACCAACGAACGAUACGACGGACAAUUUUUACAGCCACAGGUGCCAAAGCUUUGAGAGCAUGGGGUCUUCCACGGUGACAUCCACGACGGGGACAACCCCGGCAUCAUCAGCCACGAACAACAGAGCGAUACCGCCUCUGCCGAAGACAAAGCCAACCUUUCGUCAGCAAGCGGCAAAUGCUCAAAAAAUGAAGCCCUCUGAUACUACCAGCGAUCCGAAAGCAAAUCUGUCGAGGCAGCGAUACCUCAGCCGCCGAUACGAAUUGUAUAGUGGAUUGCUUUUGUCAUCUUCAGAGCUUCUACUAUUAGAUAAAUCGAUCGCGAGGGCAUUCCUUCCAAUGUUAUCUAGGGUUCUGGUUCCCCAAAUCCAUAAAACACACACCCAAGUGACAAACGAUGACACAAGCACGAGUUGUAAUAAGACAUACAAGAAACAAGAGCAAAAACCCCAACACAAAAACGAAGGAGAUACCGAUCCGUCGACCCGCCCGCCACCAGAGAUACACUUGUUGGACAAUCCCGAUGAAUUGUCACCGUUUUUGGAUUCGUUGACACCCGGUGCCGGGUUUCGUUGCGUUUCGCUGCUGUUGCUCCAACACCUGUUGACGAACGAAAACGGUUACGACGCUAGAAUUCGACAUGCCGUGAAAAAAUUAAGCAUUCUAGUAUUGCAACGCGAUGCAAACGAAGAUCCAUUCGAGCAUAUAUUGUCAUCCCGAGCUCGAAACAAGGAUCGGGACGCACGGCCAUCGGGUGCAGAAAAUGUGCAGACACAGAGGAAAGAUUUGAGAGACUACGAACGAAGGAAGCUUCUACAAGCAACGCGUACUUUCGAAGCGCUGGAACAAAACAUCGCUCGAAGGUUGAUUUUGUUGUCAUCGCCAGGUACAAAACGGAAUUCCGCGUCGAAAAAGUACGAUGGUUCAAAGCGGAAAACGGACCAAAGUGCCAAUGUUGGAUUCACGAAGGAACAAUUGGUUCGUGGCGUAAAGAUUGGCGGAGCUGGAAUUCUUGCCGGAACACUGUUCGCAGUUACUGGGGGGCUAGCGGCACCGGGGAUUGCCGCUGGGGUAGCUGCCUUUGCGGGUGCCGCGGCAGGAACUGCCGCCGUUUCGGCUUUGACGAGUGCUGCAGUGGUCACGACAAUUUUCGGGGUCGGAGGGGGUGGAUUGGCAGCGUAUAAGAUGCAGCGACGAACCCAGGGUGUCACAGAGUUUGAAUUCUGCCGAGAAACGAAGGGUAGACCCGACCGCCGCGGCCCCCGUAACCCCGAGAACGGCGACGGCAAUGAGGAAAAAUUAGAGGCGGAACUGUUCUCGAUUCUUUGCAUUUCUGGUUGGCUGACCGACCCAUGCGAUUACCAGCGUCCUUGGGGACUUCAACCAACGCACCCAAGAAUCCCGGAUCGUCUAGAGAAACUGGAACGCUUUUAUUCAAUCCACAGUCCAGAUCACCUUCCAAAAUGUGAGCGCAUUUUAAAUAGUUGGAAGGGUGAAGAAGUCGAAUUAUGGAGAGUUUUAAGGGAGAAGUAUGGCAGUGAUCCCGACAACAUUUUCCCUCUCGAUUGCGUUCACGAUAGUAACGGCGAUGUUGUCAAACGGCAGGGGGCACUGACACUCGACCAAGAAGAAAUUCUAGACAAACUUUUUGUUGAGCUUGGAUACCAUAGUGUCGCACCCGAACAAGAAAAAGCAGCUCAGAAUGAACAUGAACACCAGAUGUCUCCUUUCGAAAAAAUGAGGAAUGGAUGGAAAAAGCGUAGUUUCAAUAGAAGAUCUGGAUCAAAUAUGAAUGAAAAGGAUGAAAACUCUGAUUCAAUUCAUGGCCCAUCAUCGAGCCAACGGAUAUUAGCUAUCCAGAAUAACCCAUCCAUGUCUGGGGAUAGCAUAUUGCACAAGUACGACUCGGACUCGUCUGCUGAACUCGAAAAGAGGAAAGUUGAAGAAGAAAUCCCGUACGAACCCCCAAGGCAUUUAUCUACUGUCUGGGACUGGAAAACGACUUAUGGAGGAGAAAUGUAUACGGUAAAAUGGGAAAGUGCACUUUUGACUCAAAUUUGUGAUUGCGUGAUGGAUUUGGCAGUAGACGUCGUUAGUGGAGCUACGAGACAGAUUUUGAAGCAAACCGUUUUACAUACACUCCUGUCAGCGGUUAUUUGGCCUACCUAUCUUUUGAAUCUUGCACACAUGAUUGAUGGAGACUGGACGAUUGCGGUAGAAAGAGCGGACGAAGCUGGAGUUGUGUUGGCUAAAACGCUUCUUUACAGUAGGGCCGGACGAAGGCCUGUAACAUUGGUCGGGUAUUCAUUUGGCGCCAGAAUAAUUUAUUCGUGUCUGAAAGAAUUGGCUCGCUACCAGGAAGAAUGGGAACAUUAUCAGGAACUUCUUGAGGAGAGCAAUGCUGCUACCAAUGGACAGAAUCAUCACKAGCAUCGUCGACUUACGAGAUUUAAGCAGAAAAUGAAAGGAAUGCGCGAACCUGCAAGUAUCGUGGAGGAUGCGAUUUUAUUGGGUCUUCCGAAUCAUUUAAGUCUCUCAUCUUGGAAAGCUUGUAGACAAAUCGUUGCUGGAAGAUUGGUGAAUUGCUACUCAAACAACGACCUUAUCCUCUCCCUUAUGUUUCAAGCAAAACGUUUCUCGGGAGGAUCUUUUAAUAAUGGUAUGUUUUCAAUUCUCAAACCUGUAUGCGGGACUUGUCCUGUAGAACAGGUCGGAGUUGAGAAUAUCGAUUGUUCUGAUCUCAUCAUGGGACACCAAGACUACUGCUUAGAAGUUGGAAAGAUUCUGGAGCGUAUUGGAUUUGGAGAGCCGAUAAAGUUUGUUGAUGAUUCGAAAAUAAAAGAUGCUGUCACUAUUUUAUCCGAUGCAUAGUUUUAAAUUUAAAUAGUUCCCUACAAUAUUCAACUUUGCUAAGGAAGAUACUGACAUACACGAAAAAUAGCAUAUCAGAAACGUGAGUAGAGUAAAGUGUAAGGCAUGAG